AUGUGUUGGCUAUCGUGGACUAAACUUACCAGAGCAAAAAAACAAGGAGGACUCAGGGAGAUCCAAAGCUUUAACGACUCUCUUCUGGCCAAGAAGAGCUGGAGAAUCCUUAAGAAUCCGUCAUGCCUCCUUAGCAAGAUCCUUCUAGGCAAGUAUUGCAAGGACAAUGACUUCCUAAAAGUCCCCAUCACCUCAUCAACAUCCCAGGGAUGGCGUGGGAUCCUAAUUGGACGUGACCUCCUCACCUCACGCUUGGGACGAGCCAUUGGAGAUGGACUCUCCACGUCUUUAUGGAAUGACCCCUGGUUAUCUCUAAAAACUCCUUCACGACCAAUGGGGCCACCUAGACUCUCAGACCAGAACCUGAAAGUCUCAGACAUCUUUAUUGCGCAGACCAGAGAAUGGAACACCAAGAAGAUCACAUAA